AUGCAUAUAAUCAAAAAAAUUCAAAAUUAGGAAUUACCCUAUCUUCAGAUGAUUUUAAUCCUUCAUAUAAUUAAAGUUUUUAUCCUGAAAAAGAAGAAAGAGGACCUGAUUAUGAUAAAUAUGACUAUUAUCCAAUAGAUGGUUAUGGAUUAGGGUUAUAUGUUAAAAGAUAUGGAAAAAAUCAAGAUUGGAUUAAAAAGGAUGGUAAUCCAAAUGAAAGGGAAUUAUGUAUCAUGGUACCAACAAAUAUGCAAUAAAUUUAAUUGUGAAAAACAAUUUAAAUGCUGGUUGUUGUAAAGUUCAUACUGAAGAUGUUUGUUUAGAUGAAUUUGGAAAUAAGGUGAAGGUAGGAAAAGGAUAAUUUCUCAGAUAAGAGCAGUAUCUGUCUAUAUUAUGCUCCAUACACUGAGUAUUGUGGAAUCUUUAUGUCAAGAUUUAAUACAGAAAAGAUUAGAUAAAGCCAAAGAAUGAAGAAGUUUAAUUAUUUUGUUAUUAAUAACUCAGAAAAUGUUAGACCAUAUAGAAUUUUAUUAUAUGUAAAGAAAUGA